CCCCCCCCCCCUUUCUCGUCUCCCUCCCUCCCUCCCUCUCAUGCAUCCAUAGAUCCGAUCACGCAAACCCUAGACCAUCAUCAGAUCAACAUCCCCGGCUCUCAAAAUUCCAUCGUAUCCGUCCGCCGAUCGAUCCGAUUUGAUUCGUGCCGUGCCGCAUAAAUCCGCAACCUGAGAAUUUUUUUUUUUUCGCCUUCUUUUCCGUUCUGUGCCCGCGGCUCUGCGAAUUCCGGAGAUGGCGUGCAUAAAGGGCGUGGCCCGGUCGGCGUCGGUGGCCAUGGCGCCGGACGGCGGCUACUUGGCGACCGGGACCAUGGCCGGGGCGGUGGAUCUCUCCUUCAGCUCCUCCGCCAGCCUCGAGAUCUUCGGGCUCGAUUUCCAAUCGGACGAUCGAGAUCUUCCCCUCAUCGCCGAAUCCCCCAGCUCCGAGCGCUUCAACCGUCUUUCUUGGGGCAAGAAUGUGUCCGGCUCCGAUGAAUUCUCCCUGGGGCUCAUCGCUGGCGGCCUCGUCGAUGGAACCAUUGAUGUUUGGAACCCGCUCUCCCUGAUCCGUUCCAAGGCUGGUGAGAAGUCAAUCGUAGGACACCUUUCUAGGCAUAAAGGACCUGUUCGCGGUCUUGAGUUUAACGUCAUUGCGCCAAACUUACUUGCCUCUGGGGCUGAUGAUGGUGAAAUUUGUAUUUGGGAUUUGGCUGCACCAAGAGAACCUUCUCAUUUCCCUCCUCUUAGGGGUAGUGGUUCUGCUGCUCAAGGUGAAAUUUCAUUUUUAUCUUGGAAUAGCAAAGUUCAACAUAUAUUAGCCUCCACGUCCUAUAAUGGGUCAACUGUUGUAUGGGAUCUCAAGAAACAAAAACCAGUCAUAAGUUUUUCAGAUUCAGUUAGAAGGCGUUGCUCAGUUUUGCAAUGGAACCCUGAUCUGGCUACUCAACUUGUUGUUGCAUCAGAUGAAGAUAGCUCUCCUUCUCUAAGGCUUUGGGAUAUGAGAAACAUAAUGUCACCUGUUAAGGAAUUUGUGGGGCAUACAAGAGGUGUUAUUGCAAUGUCAUGGUGUCCUAAUGAUAGUUCCUAUUUGGUCACCUGUGCUAAAGACAAUCGAACCAUAUGCUGGGAUACGGUUACUGGAGAGAUUGUUUGUGAAUUGCCUGCUGGGUCCAACUGGAAUUUUGAUGUACAUUGGUACCCCAAGAUACCUGGAGUUAUAUCAGCAUCUUCAUUUGAUGGAAAGAUUGGCAUCUACAAUGUUGAGGGUUGUAGCCGCUAUGAUGUCAGGGAAAAUGAAUUUGGUGCUGCAACUCUGAGAGCUCCAAAAUGGUUUAAACGACCUGUUGGCGCAUCCUUUGGUUUUGGAGGCAAGGUGGUUUCAUUUCAUACUCGGUCAACAGGGGGUCCUUCAGUGAAUUCCUCAGAGGUUUUUGUACACGAUAUCGUUACAGAACAAACUUUAGUGAGCCGCUCUUCUGAAUUUGAAGCAGCAAUCCAAAGUGGGGAUAGAUCUUCAUUGAGAGCAUUAUGUGAAAAGAAGUCUCAACAUUGCGAAUCCAUGGAUGACCAAGAAACAUGGGGGUUCUUGAAAGUUUUGUUAGAAGACGAUGGAACCGCAAGGUCAAAGCUUCUUACUCACCUUGGUUUUGAUAUUCCUACGGAGAUGAAUGAUGGUUCACAAGAGGAUCUCUCCCAGCAAGUUAAUGCUCUUGGGCUUGAAGAUGUGACUACAGAUAAAGUAGUGCAGGAGGACAACAACGAAAUUACGGUGUUUCCUACUGAUAAUGGCGAAGAUUUUUUUAACAAUCUUCCUAGUCCCAGUGCCGAUACACCUGUAUCAACUUCUGCUGGUGGCUUUGCUACUGUGAAUGCUCCCGUGGAACCAUCGCAAGACGAAGUAGAUGUAUUUGAGGAGAGCUCUGACCCAUCGUUUGAUGAUAGUGUUCAACGUGCUUUGGUUGUUGGAGACUACAAGGCUGCUGUUGCAUUGUGCAUAUCUGCUAAUAAAUUGGCUGAUGCUUUGGUUAUUGCAAAUGUCGGAGGUGCCUCCCUAUGGGAGAGAACCCGUGAUAAGUACCUUAAGAUGAGCCGCUCACCUUACUUGAAGGUUGUUUUUGCAAUGGUGAAUAAUGAUCUCCAGAGCCUUGUGGACACCAGGCCCCUCAAGUUCUGGAAAGAGACGCUCGCUAUUCUCUGUAGUUUUGCACAGGGGGAGGACUGGGCAAUGCUCUGCAACUCUCUAGCCUCAAAACUUAUGGCAGCUGGUAACAUGCUGGCGGCAACACUCUGUUUCAUUUGUGCUGGGAAUAUUGACAAAACAGUGGAAAUUUGGUCGAGAAGUCUGGCAACUGAACAUGAUGGGAAGUCCUACAUGGACCUUCUUCAGGAAUUGAUGGAAAAGACUAUUGUCCUCGCAUUGGCUAGUGGCCAAAAACAAUUUAGCGCUUCAGUGUGCAAGCUUGUUGAAAAAUAUGCGGAGAUUUUGGCUAGUCAAGGGCUUUUGACAACAGCAAUGGAGUAUUUGAAGCUGUUGGGGACAGAUGAUUUGUCACCCGAACUUGUGGUCUUGAGAGAUCGUAUUGCUUUCUCUGUGGAAGCUGAAAAUGGAGCCAACAUCUCUGCUUUUAAUGGCUCUCAAGAUCAAAGAGGUGUAGAAUAUGGUGUCGAUCAAUCCAAUUAUGGCAUGGUUGAUUCGUCUCAGCACUAUUAUCCGGAAGCAGCACAGCCACAGGUGCAGCAUACUGUUCCUGGUAGCCCUUACGGUGAAAACUAUCAGCAGCCUUUUGGUUCUUCAUUUGGUAAAGGAUACAAUACUCCUGUGCAAUAUCAGGCUCCUGCACAGCCGUCUAUGUUUGUUCCAUCCGAGCCACCUCACCAUCCCCAGCCAAGUUUUGUUCCAACUCCUGUCACCAAUCAGCCCACGACAAGAUCUCAAUUCAUACCAGCACCUCCUCUUGCACUGAGGAACCCAGAGCAGUAUCAGCAGCCAACAUUGGGUUCUCAUUUGUAUCCGGGAACUGUUAAUCCUACUUUUCAACCUUUGCCUCAUGGGCCUGGUCCGGUUGCCCCUGUGCCACCACAAGCGAGUGUUCCUGGCCAGAAGAUGCCGCAAGCUGUGGCUCCUACUCAAAUGAGGGGUUUUAUGCCAGUUACUAAUCCAGGGGUUGUUCAAAAUCCUGGGCCAAUUUCCAUGCAGCCGGCUAGUCCCAUUGAAUCAGCAGCUGCACAACCAGUUGUCUCACCUGCUGCACCCCCACCUACUGUGCAGACAGCAGAUACUUCAAAUGUUCCUGCCCACCAGAAACCUGUCAUAUCAACAUUGACGAGACUGUACAAUGAGACAUCUGAAGCAUUGGGAGGCUCACGCGCAAAUCCUGCCAAGAAGCGUGAGAUAGAAGAUAAUUCAAGGAAAUUAGGUGCCUUGUUUGCAAAGCUCAACAGUGGAGACAUAUCUAAAAACGCAGCUGAUAAGCUGGUCCAGCUUUGUCAGGCUUUAGACAACGGCGAUUUUAGCACUGCUCUGCAAAUACAGGUACUUCUCACGACUAGCGAGUGGGAUGAGUGCAAUUUCUGGUUGGCUACGUUGAAGCGGAUGAUCAAGACGAGGCAGAAUGUGAGACUAAGUUGAGAAGAGGCCAAUUUUCUCGACGCAUCUCCUUUGUUCUUUUUUCUCUCUUUAGCCUUGUGUGGUGGGAUUCCGUAGGGGAAUUGAUCAUUUCUUUGGAAAGAAUGGCUCUCUUAGAUUGCUACUGGAGUAAUUUUUGGUCUUUUGUUAUAGAAUGCCUUUUUUCAUUGAUGUUAACUGCUGAAAGCCGUUAGGAUAGUUUUUAAAGGAGUUGGUGAUUAUUGAUUUCCACCCAAUAUAUGUAGCGUCAAGGAAUUAGAGGGCUUUUUACUAGCCUUGGUGGAUGUUUUUGACACUAUUUUUCGCCAUAAGUUACUCUCCCA